CUUUCAUUUCCUCCUGUGUUUCUUUACAGUACCAGCACAGGCAGAGGUAGAGCAGAGAUCUCUCUGCUACCUGAAACUCCCCACAUUCUCCUGCCUCCAUCUCUCCACUGGAACUAACACUCCAUACACACAGAAGUGCAAAGACAACAAGAGAAAUGCAUUUCCAAAUAAAGAGCUGGACAUGGUCCGUAUGGUUUACACUUGCUACUUGCACGAUUCUCACAGGUGCUCAGCAUGAACCAGGCUACUGCUCAUUUUAUGAGGACUGUGGCCUAAACCCUGCAGUGGAGGGGGCUCUUAUCCCCCCUAGGGUACCCUGUAAGGACUACAGAAAAGCUGUGAAUGUGACAGGAGACCACUAUGAACUUUUUAAAUCCGUGUGCCCGAUGUUGGCCCAUGGUGAGGGUGAAACAUUGGCCUGCUGCUCCAUCAGACAGCUCACUGCUCUACAGAGCAGCUUGAUGUUGUCCAAAGCCGUGCUGAUCCGCUGCCCGUCCUGCGCCGACAACUUUGCGCAUAUGCACUGCGCCACCACCUGCAGUCCCAACCAAAGUCAGAUAUUAAAGAUUACGAAAACCGCAAACAUCACGCAACCCACUGGCAUUGUUAAGGAAGCUGUGGUGGGUUACGAGGCUUAUGUAUCUACCAGCUUCUCAGAUGCAUCGUUUAGGUCCUGCAAAAACGUACGAAUCCCAGCCACCGGAGGCUAUGCCAUCGCCACAAUGUGUGGUCGCUAUGGUGCACCGCUGUGCACGCCACAACGCUGGUUAGAUUUCCAGGGCGACUCGAGCAAUGGACUGGCUCCUCUGGAUAUUAACUUCAAGCUUUUGCCAGACGGUCAGACCGCUGGACUCCCACCAGGAGCGGUUCUGUUUGCAGGAACAGCAUUGAAUUGUAACGAGACGACACCGACAGGUGGCGAGGCCUGUUCCUGUCAGGACUGCGAACAAUCCUGUCCAGCUGUUCCACAGCCACCACCUUUACCAGAACCAUUCAUGAUUGGUCGACUAGAUGGUGUCCUUGUCAUCUGCAUCAUAGUCUUCUCCUGCAUCCUUCUCCUUCUCAUGUGUUAUGUAAUUUUAGAGUACACUAUCCACUACCAAAAGUCAAAGGGCGCUCGGAAGGGCAAGAACAGCAAGGACCAGAACGAAAAUGAGACUGAACGUAAAAUCAGUCCUAAAGAUGUUACGUGCUCUGAUAAAGCCAGUCUUGCCACUCAGGAAUUCCUGGGAUCUCUUUUCCAGACCUGGGGAACCAUAAUGGCACGAUAUCCUCUGAUAGUGCUCCCAGUCUGCCUGGUGGUUGUGUUGGCAUUCGCAGUGGGAAUAAAAGACAUAGAACUCACCACAGAUCCUGUCCAGCUCUGGUCAGCGCCCCAAAGUCGUGCCAUGCGUGAGAAGGCCUUCCAUGAUGCAAAUUUUGAUCCAUUUUACCGCACCAAUCAGCUGAUCCUGACCACUCCGGACAGGCCCAGUCACUACUAUGACUCCUUACUCUUUGGCGAACAGAACUUCAGUGGUAUCAUCUCUAAAGAUUUGAUCAUUGAGCUGUUGGAGCUUCAGCAGAAAAUCCAAGCAAUUGAAUUAUGGUCAGAUGAACUAAACCGCACUGCAAGCCUUAAAGAUGUUUGCUAUGCGCCACUCAAUCCAGACAAACCCUCUUUAACAGACUGCGCUGUCAACAGCCUACCGCAAUACUUCCAAAAUAGCAUGGAUAACCUGAACGCCAAAGCAAAUAUGACAGAGCUCGGCGUGACUAAGGAGGUGGAUUGGAGGGACCAUUUCAUCUACUGCGUUAACUCUCCAUUAUCAUUUAAAGACAUCACAGCUCUUGGCAUGAGUUGUAUGGCAGAUUAUGGAGGCCCUGUCUUCCCCUUCCUGGCUGUAGGAGGAUAUGAGAAUGAGGAAUACACCGCUGCUGAAGCCCUGAUCCUUACCUUCUCCCUAAACAAUUACGCACGAACUGAUGUUAAAUUUAAGGUGGCUGAAGAGUGGGAACGAAGGUUCCUUGAGAUUGUACAGGAAUACCAGAAAAACCCAAACACAAACUUCACAUUUGCCUACAUGGCUGAGAGGUCUUUGGAGGAUGAGAUUAACAGAACGACUGCAGAGGAUAUCCCCAUAUUCAUGAUAAGCUAUGCUGUCAUCUUCCUCUACAUAGCCGUGGCUCUUGGGGAAUAUACAUCCUGGAAGCGUAUCCUGGUAGACUCAAAGUUCUUGGUUGGACUGGGUGGUAUUCUGGUGGUUGGCUGCUCUGUCAUGGCCUCAAUGGGUUUCUAUGCCUGGAUUGGGUUUCCGUCCUCACUGGUCAUUCUGCAGGUCGUACCCUUCCUUGUGCUUGCUGUGGGAGCUGAUAACAUCUUCAUUUUUGUUCUGGAAUAUCAGAGAGAUAUGCGCAGACCAGGAGAGAAGAGGGAGGAACAGAUUGGGAGAGUUCUUGGAAAUGUGGCUCCCAGCAUGCUGCUUUGCAGUUUGUCUGAAUCUGUUUGUUUCUUUCUGGGUGCUUUGAGCACUAUGCCAGCAGUGAGGUCUUUUGCCCUGUACGCAGCACUGGCUGUGCUCAUGGACUUCAUUCUACAGAUGACUGCCUUUGUGGCUCUGCUCUCACUUGACGCUCGGCGUCAGGAUGCAAACCGGUGUGAGAUAGCUUGCUGCGUUACUGUGAAAACUCCACACCCAUCCAAACCCAACCAGGGCAUCCUGCUCCCAUUAAUGAAAAAAUACUACGCCCCUGCACUGCUCAACCCUGUCAGCAGGGUAUUAGUGAUGGUGGUGUUCCUUGCGAUUUUCUGUGCCUGUGUGUUCCUCAUGUUCCAUGUAAAAGUGGGCUUAAAUCAGGAACUGGCCAUGCCAUCUGACUCCUACAUGUUGGACUACUUCGCAUACCUCUAUAAGUAUUUUGAGGUUGGUGUGCCCACGUAUUUUAUCACGACCAAAGGGUUCAAUUUCACCAGUGAGGAGGGCAUAAAUGCAGUGUGUUCCAGUGUGGGAUGUGACCAGUUCUCUUUCACCCAGAAGAUCCGAUACGCCACCGAGUACCCUGAGCAAUCUUACUUGGCUAUCCCAGCAUCCUCCUGGGUGGAUGACUAUAUUGAUUGGCUGAACCCUGGAUCCAAAUGUUGUCGUAUCUAUACGGCUGGCCCAAACAAAGAUGAAUUUUGUCCUGCCAAUGAGACUGGUCUCUUCAUGUGUACCAAGAAGUGUAUCAGUGUACCCGAAAAUGGGGUUCUGCGACCUAGUGUUGAAAAUUUUAACAGAUUUCUGCCAGACUUUCUUAGCAACAGACCUGACCUACAGUGUCCAAAAGGUGGUUUGGGAGCUUAUGAUAAAGCUGUGGUUAGAGACGAAACUGGGGAAAUAAUAGCGUCUCGUUUCAUGGCCUACCACACUCCUCUGGUCAACUCGCAGGAGUUCACGGCAGCGCUGGAGAAAGCCAGAGAACUGGCACAUAAUAUCACAAUGACCAUGAGGAACGUCACAGGCACCUCUCAAGACUUUGAGGUCUUCCCUUACACUGUGACGUAUGUGUAUUACGAACAGUAUCUGACCAUCGUGAACGAGGGUUUGUUCAACAUCGGCGUGUGUCUGCUCCCCACAUUCGUUGUGUGUUGUAUCCUGCUCGGCAUGGACUUGAGAUCAGGCUUUCUGAACCUGCUCACCAUAGUGAUGAUCACUGUGGAUACGGUUGGUGUCAUGACGUUGUGGGGUAUCGACUUCAACGCUGUGUCGCUUAUCAACCUUGUGACGGCCGUUGGUAUAUCAGUAGAGUUUGUGUCUCAUUUAACACGCUCAUUUGCACUCAGUAUUCAGCCCACGAAGGUGGAGAGGGCAAAGGAAGCCACAGCUAACAUGGGCAGUGCGGUGUUUGCUGGAGUUGCGAUGACCAAUCUACCUGGAAUAGUGGUGUUGGCAUUGGCUAAAGCACAGCUCAUCCAGAUUGAUUACUGGGUAUCCAAAAACAUUAUGUUGAGUUCACACUUAAUGGCCCACGGCCUCAUAUUUCUGCCCGUGCUGCUCAGUUUCUUAGGUCCUGGUGUGAACAACGCAGUUCUGCUGCAGAUUCAAGAGAAGAAAGCCAAAGAAAUGGAACUCAACAGCAAAGCUACAUAUGACAACAUUAGCUUCGAAAGCCAUGAAAAGUAAAAUGGCGAAAUCUCUGUACAGCCAUCAUAUCCAAUAAAGGCUGGCGUUGUCUCCAAGACCACCCAAGAACCCAGCGAAUUUGAAACUGAUGUUUUGUAGCUCUUACAACCUGCUCUCCCUCUUUCUUCCAAUUCAUUUACCUCUAAAAUUAGUGAACUGAUAGUAUAAGAGAAUCCUCCGAAUGAAGGGAUCACCUGCCAUAACAUACACUACUGCAUGUGAGACCUGAGGGAAAAAACAACCAAUUGCAUGCUCGGAAACAUUUGAAGCAGAAUCUCAUCUUGCUAUGUCAGCUCUAUGCCUCUUUAUGUGGACGCAGUAGUUGCGUUACUGCUAUAAAACGGUCUAUCUCCUUCUGAAGAUGUUCAUGAGAGAUACGCAGCUUGUCAGUCCUUCACCAUCAUUUUUACCUGUGAUUAUCUUGCCCAGGCCACACCCGAGACAAAGUGAUAAUGGAUACAAAUGAGGAGCUCAAUUCCACUGUUUUAGAAAUAAGAAAAUUAGUACAAUAGUUUAGAAUUAUUGUACUUUUUAUUGUGUAAUAUUUGUAAAGUUAUAUUUAACUUUGUUGUUAUGUUUCAUGUUGCCAUUUUUGCAUGCAAGUAAUUGUCUUGUUGAGGACAGAAAGCAGACACUGCAACUCAAAUAACACUCCAGUAUAAAGAGCAUCUGCUCUUGUAUUAUAAGCAUUACUGUAAUUAUAUUAAAUGCACUGUGUGUAUAUCUACAUUCUGUAUAAAUGUUCAAUAUUAUUAUCUCAAUAGUUCAAUAUCUCAACUUUGCAUUCAAAGUUUACCAUUUACUGUUAAAGGAACAAUAAAGCACUUUUACAGCAGUUUAUUGGCUGUAUGAAUGUAGGCAAACUAAUACAAAUUUCAAAGGCAAUCAAUGAACUUC